AGAUCAGAGGCGCAAAAAUCGGAAUUCUGCCGGCAUUCUCAAUUUUAAUCAUCGGGAAUCAAGUUUUAUGCAAUAAAAAUAUCAUAUAAGGAAUCAGCGUCCCAAACUACAUCGAAUGAUGUACUUUGUUAGUCUAUCCUACUACUUUGAUUUUUUUCGAAUUUCUACGUUGAAAAAUUCCUGAGAUUUUCACCGAAAAAUAAAAAUAAACAAAAAGUUUCGAAAUAUAUAUCAUUCGACGUAGUUUGGGACGCUGAUUCCUUAUAUGAUAUUUUUAUUGCAUAAAACUUGAUUCCCGAUGAUUAAAAUUGAGAAUGCCGGCAGAAUUCCGAUUUUUGCGCCUCUGAUCUAGAAAAUAUGAACUUUUCCAAUGACAAAGCACGAUGGAAGAAAGAGAGGUAUGUACUUUUAAAGCUCGUUUAAUGGCGCUUCUAAUGAAGUGCAAAAAUUGGCUCCAUCUUUCCAAAGAAAAAACUAGAUAGGUUGGUGAAUUGUUUCUGAGUUUUUUAUAGGAGGAGUUCAAGACUAAUUUUUUUUUCAUUUUCUAUAUUCGUAUAAUAUACCAUUCGAUUCUGCUUUGUUCGCGGAUCAAGAAUAUUAUCUUAUUUUUACAAAAAGACGUAAUGAAAAUGAGAAAAAUCAAUUUUAAGACCAAAAAUGAUCAAUAACAUAUACGAAGCUUUUUCAAUGUUGAAUUUUUUUCUGAUUGAUGCACUCGGCAUUGAAGACUCAAAUUGUGUUGCUAGAUAGAGUUAAGUAUCAGGCAAUUUUUGACAAAGUUUGGCGGCGGUACUGUAUUUCUUUGAUCUGCUAUAGAAGUUUUAGUGAAACGUACGAAAAAUGAAAAUUUGAAAUUUUGCUCGAAAAAUAUUUUUUUCUCAAACAAGAACCGUAUUCUUUUAAUUCUUUUAUCGCCAGUUUAUAGCGCGUUUUCCACUCUACAAAAUCCUGUAUAAACAAUAUCUUCACUAUACCUCCUUACUGAGUUGAAAAGCUUUUUUCAUCUCAUGUCAGUAACUGGUCAAACUUUUUAAAAGAUUAUUUUUUGAGGAACGAUCAUAGUUUCAAACCAAAAAUCAAAUAUGGUUAGAUGCGCAAUAAAAUUCUCUAUCGAACCUGCUAUUCAGCUUUUUGAUACUUUUAAAUUUUUAAAUCCGGCAGGGACCUUUAAGUCUUGCGCUCCUCAAACCCCUACGUUUGUUUACUUUUCGAUUCUCUAUCGAAUGACGUUUCGCCCAGAUUUCUAUCUCUUAUUUCAGCUGAGUUAUUGAAACUUUAAAAAAGGUUCAGUUUUUAAAAAUUCAAAUUUAAUUUCAAAAUUUAAAUUUUGAGUUACAGACUUGAAGUUUUUUUCAAAAUGAAGGAAACUCUGUCCUGAAUCCAAUGGUGACCUUACAUUUGUUCCAUUUUCACCCACUUUCUUUUAAAAUGCAUUUUAUUCAUCAUAUGUAGGUCAAAAACCAUGGUUUUCUGAAAACCCUAAUUGCGAGCAUUUUGGACUAAAGCGUUCGCUACACAAAAGAAAGAACUUGGCCUCAAACCGUUAAGUGUCGAGUUUCAAAAGAUUUACACGAGCCAUCUCAGAGUUAGCCUAGACCAACUUUCUCCUGUUACACGCCUAUUGUUUACGAGCACUUUUACUAUAGAAAGGGAAAGUCAGACAAUGCAGACACGUAAAACAAUUGAAACGUUUGUUGUUAUUCUUAGUAAAGCUCUGAACAGACUGAAACUGACGACCGUAUGGUGUUUGUCCUUUUUAGCUAUGUAAGAGCGCACAAAACAGAUUUGAAAAUAUAUCUAAAGCAAUAUUCUUUUGAAUCGGAUCGCACGUUAAGAGUGAGGAGUAGCUAUGUGAGCAAAUUCUGUCAAGUACAGGCUUGUUUUUUUGGGGUGCUUCAGAUCGAUCAUCAAAUGUAGUCGUUUCCAUAUCUGUUUUAGUUGCAAACAAAUUCUGAUGAGUUUAAAGCAGAAACUGGCGAACAAUUUCCAACUGAAGUAAUAUUUAAUGGGGAAGAUUUAGUUCAUCACCACGCGAGAGAUCAUCAACAGUACGGCCGUGAUUUGUUAAAAAAAUUGUUUUCAGUUAACGAAUUAGCAUCGUCAAUUUUACUCCCGAAUGAUAAAUAUAAACGACCACAUUUAGAUAUUGCCAGAAUGUCUGUUUUUAAAAAUGCUGUCCGAACGAAAUAUAAAAUAAGUGCACAAAAAUGGGAUGAAUUUUUCCAAAAAUGUAUGCAUAGAACGUUAACACAAUGCUUAUGUGAUAUUCGAAAAAAAUUAAAAGCACAACAACAAUUACAACAAGCAACAGAUGAACAACAAGCAACAGAUGGACAGCAACCACAACAAGCAACUACCAAUUAA